AAAAUAUGAGCAGCUCUAACGGUAACAUCGCCGGUGAUGACCGGAAUUACAAAGGCGUCCGGUGCCGGAAACAGGGCAAAUGGGUGUCGGAGAUCCGCGUCCCGGGCACAAGAGACCGGCUUUGGCUUGGCACUUACAGAUCACCGGAGGCGGCGGCAAUGGCUCACGACACCGCCUUCUUUCUUCUCCGCGGCCCAUCCUCUUCAAAAGGACUGAACUUUCCGGAUCGAGCUGCGAGUAUGAGAUGGGUGAGCUUGUCGCCGAGGUCUGUGCAGGAGGUGGCGUCGAAAUCUGGCAUGGAUUUUGAUGCGAAGUUGAUUGCUGAGUCGCCGCCCGUUUGUGAGAGGGAAGAGAGCAGUAAUGGUGCUGACUUUGCUGAUGGAUGUUUAAGUUUUGGUGGAUACGAAGAUAUAUCUGUUGAUGAUAUGGAGAUAGUAAUGUAGUUUUGGGGAACUGUUCCAGGAAAAAUAUGCUUAUUAAGUAC